CACCCACCCCAUAUCUCUCUCUCCCUCUCUCUUACUUUCCAUGCACAUAUAUCACAAGUGAAUCACCCCCAUCCUCUCCUUUUUAACGAAACCCUCACCUCUCUCCAAAGAGCCAUCAAACCCCAACUCUCUCUCUCUUUUUUUCUUUAUCUCAAUCUAUCUGUCUGUCUGUCUAUCUGUCGCUAGUUCUAGCUCUAUUUUUACCUCUAUGGCUUCUCCCACGGGGAGCUUAGAGACAUCGGCGAAUUCCCGGUCGAUGGCCUUCUCUUUCCCCACCCCUUCGUUCUCCGAGCUCCUCUCGGGUGUUGGGGGCGGCAACGGCGGCGACGGAGGGGUAGAGAAGAGCGGAGUCGGUGUUCCCAAGUUCAAAUCCAUGACUCCUACCCUCCCCAUCUCCCCUCCUCCCAUCUCUCCUUCCUCCUACUUCGCCAUCCCUUCCGGUCUAAGCCCCGCCGAUCUACUCGACUCGCCCGCUUUACUCACCUCUAGCAUAUUUCCAUCACCAACUACUGGGGCACUAUUUCCUACUCAAUCCUUCAAUUGGAGAGGCAGCAAAGAUGAGCAGCAAAGCAUGUACUCGGAUUUCUCUUUUCAAAACUUAACUAAAAGAGGAAACAUGCCAACAUCAUAUCCUUUCCAUUCAUCUUCUUCUGCCGCGAUCUCAUCGGAGCAACCAUGGAACUACCAAGAACCCAACACCAACACCAACACCAACACCAUCAACAUAAAAUCCGAAACAACACAUCCUUUUGCACCAAAUCCCUCAACACUCCGAGAGAACACCAAUAACUCCAUUGGUGGAUACAACAGUAACAACCAUGCAAGGGUGCAACCAAUUCAAAGUAUAAGAGAGCAGAGGAGAUCAGAUGAUGGAUACAACUGGCGAAAGUACGGGCAAAAGCAAGUGAAGGGGAGCGAGAACCCGCGAAGCUACUUCAAGUGCACGUACCCGAACUGCCCGACGAAGAAGAAGGUGGAGAGAUCGCUCGAUGGGCAGAUCACGGAGAUCGUUUACAAGGGGACGCACAACCACCCGAAGCCUCAGUCCACGAGGAGGACCUCCUCCGCUUGCGCAGUGCAACAAGCUCAUGUCGCGGUGGCGAACGAGGCAUCGGAGCACUCGUUCGGGGGGGCGGCGACGCCCGAGAACUCGUCGGCGUCGUUCGGGAACGAGGAGGUGGAGAUGAGCUCCCAGGAUGCCGGGGAUGAUGAGUUUGAUGAGGAUGAGCCUCAUGCAAAGAGGAAGAGAGAAGGUGAUAGUGAGGGGAUUUCAAUGUCAGGAAAUAGAACAGUGAGGGAGCCAAGAGUUGUGGUGCAAACCAUGAGUGAUAUUGAUAUCCUUGAUGAUGGGUAUAGAUGGAGAAAAUAUGGUCAAAAGGUGGUUAAGGGGAAUCCCAAUCCCAGGAGCUACUACAAGUGCACCACCCCCGAUUGCCCGGUCCGAAAGCACGUUGAGAGGGCGUCCCACGACCUCCGGGCGGUGAUCACGACGUACGAGGGCAAGCACAACCACGACAUCCCCGCAGCUCGCGGGAGCAGCGGUUCGCACGCGAUCAAUCGGCCUCAGACCGACAAUAACACCGCGGUCGCCAUUAGGCCAUCCGCGUCGACGGGGAUCCUCAAUCACCCUAACCAAAUGAUGGCUCCUACUAACUCUCUCCUCAAUGAAUCUUAUUUCUACCAAGGGAGCUAUGACUUCUCAGGGUUUGGUAACAAGAUGAAUUCCUAUACUUAUCAGCAAACGCAGCAGCAGCAGCAGCAGCAGCAGCAACAACAAAGAGAGUCCAGGGACGAAUCGUUCCUCGACGCGCUACUAAGUUGAUUUCUAGUCCUUAGACUAAUAUUUUCAAUAACAUGGUAUCAGAGCUGAUAAUAAGAGACACCUUACACUAACUAGAGAGGUUCAAAAUGUAGAUUUUUUUUUUCCUUUUUUUGGGUUAGGGAUUUUAGAUAUAAUUGCUUAGGGAGUUGAGGAUACAAUGAUCCUUUUGUUCAUUUAUUUGAGGCCUGGAUAAAAAAGCUAGAGACAAGGCCUUUGGGUGGGAGUAAAGAAAUUAAAAGAGGGGCUUUUUUCAGUACUAGUUUUUUUUUUUUUCCCCUAAUGUUUCUCAUUUGAUGUUGCUGAAGUGAAAUAAAUAAGAGAUUUGAAAAUAGUUGGCUAA